AUGCUGGCCGAGGAGAAGGCCGAGGAGAAGGCCGAGGAGGAAAUCAUAUAUGGCACCGUGAACGUGCAAAUUAACGGAUCUCGUGAGAUACCACUAACAUUCAGCAUACCAGAGUUCCGCCGCGUUUUGGAGUUGCCCAACCCCAACCUUCUGGUAAGUGGGGUCAUUGCGUCGUUUUUUCCACCGCCUGAGCUAGACGAGGAUGUCGAAGACGUCGACCACAUGAGCGAAUAG